CAGGCCGGGCCGCUGCCCCUUUUCUUGGGCGACCCAGCGCGCGCUUGGGAUUCCUUCCGGGGUUGGCAGCUGGGUGUUAUGGAGGGCUCUCCUGGUUCGAAUCCCACCUCUGCACUUGCCCUCUCUCCUCUUCCAACAAGCCCUGCUUACUGAUGUGAGCACUGAGGCACACGUUAACUUGCAAGAGGUCACACAACUGCAGCUGACCAGAGCUGGGAUCCAGCCCACGAGGCUACACUGCCUCUUUGGUGAUUGGGUGGCCGGGCGUUGGAGGAAGGGGAUUCCAGCCUCUGGGGGCUCCUUGCAUCAGCCCUUGCAGCCCACCAAGCUCAGCAACAUUCUUCUGACCCCUGUCCCCUCCUCUUAAGCGUCGAUGAUUCUCCUGCCCCUUUGCCACGGAAACAAGUGAUUGCUUUUCUUCCGCCCUUUGUGGAAGCCCUGCCCAUUCCACAGCUUGCACGGGACAUCCCGGGUCCCUGAUGGACGAAGAGAGUGAACUGACGCAGCCGCAAGACCAGGGCUGCUGGGCCACUCUGCCCGACGUGUGCCUGCGUCGCGUCUUCUGGUGGCUGGGCGACAGGGACCGGUCCAGGGCGGCCCUUGUCUGUAGAAAGUGGAACCAGAUCAUGUACUCGGCUGACCUGUGGCGCUACCGGACCAUCACGUUCAGCGGGAGACCUUCCAGGGUGCAAGCCUCCGAAUUCGAGUCCGCUCUUUGGUACGUGAAGAAAUUCGGUCGCUACCUGGAAUACCUGGAGAUCAAAUUCCUGAAUCCUUACAACACCGUCUUAACCAAGAAGUUCCAGGUCACCAUGCGCGGGCUCCUGUCGUGUCUGGGCAAGAGCAACAGCCGCCUGAAGUCGCUGUCCAUCCAGCACCUGGAGCUGGACCGCCUGGUCUGGAGGAACAGCAUCAGGACCGCCUUCAUCAAGAGCCUCAGCUUCUUCCUAAAGAAAAUGGGCAGGCACCUGGAUUAUCUCAACCUGAAAGGCGCCAGGCUGACCGUGGAGCAGGGCUGCCACGUUCUCAAUGCCCUGAGCUCCCUCCGGAACGAGAACAUGGCCUCCGAGCUCAACAUCGAAGACUACUUUAGCCAUCACCUGGCCGUCUACAGCAACGCCCAGUUCCACAAGACCAUGGCCAUGUUCCACAACCUGGAGUCUCUGACCCUCAACUACAACUGUGUCUCUGACGAGCUGCUCGAGACCCUGUGCGAGCACAAUGCCGGCACCCUCUGGACCAUCAACAUCAAGUGCCACAUCCACGACCCCCACCGCCAGGUCAUCUGGGGCAUGUCCUGGGCCAAGCUGGCCGGGCAGGCCCCCAACCUGAAGGUGAACUUCUUCUUUGAGCGGAUCAUGAAGCAUGAGUGCUUGGCCCGGAUCCUCCUGCAGGAGAUCCCAAUCAGAAGCAUCAGUCUGCGAAGCUGCUACUUCAGCGACCCCGACUGGUCCAUGCGGCCCACUCUCACGGAGCUCCUGCCCACCUUCCGGCACACCCUGCAGAAAUUAACUUUCGAGUUCAACAACAACCACGAGUCCCUGGACGAGGAGCUGCACCUGCUCAUCCUAUCCUGCAGGAAGUUGUUCUACUUCAAAAUCUGGGCUUUCCUUGACGUGAGGUUUGUGGAGCGGAUCCUGAAGAGCCAGGAGGAGGGGCAGUGUGCACUGCGCACGCUCAAGGUGAGGAUUUAUACAAACAGAUAUGAGACAAACGAAGAGGACAGGACUCUCCGGGAAAUUUACAGGAAGUACAGAAAGCUGAUCGAUUCAGAGCUGAACUAUUUUGUCAUCGCUUACCCCAUGAUGUAAUGAGCACCCUCCAGAGGAACCAAACCAGGAGCACUUUGGACUUGAAAAGCCUUUCUCAUCCAGCUGCAGUCAGGGCACCCCUCCCUGUCCCGCACCCCCUUCCUUUCCCCUCUCCACACCAAGGCGAGCUGCCCCUGCUGGUGACAUCAAGGCCUCAGGGGGCUUUAAAGUGCUAUCUUUACCAACCACCUGAGGCUGAUUUCUCUUGUUGUCACUCGGGUUUGCUGGUUGACACCCUCCUUCAGCCACAGAGCCAAAAACACAACCCAAGGCCACUCACGGUGGCUUCUCUCCCCACUGCGGGGACCCUGCCCCCUGCAGCCCCGAGCUCCGGUCAGCCUAUGGCAUGGAGCAUAUAGAAUCCUGCUGUCUCCAGACACACAUGAUUGGCUUGGAAGUACUUUCUAGCUGAGCUGACCUCCAUGUCGUGGCCGGGACUGGUCACACACAGCCAGAGCAAGGAAGUCGCCUGCUCAGAGCCAGGACUCUCGCAGAGGGAGCUGGGCUCCUGGCCCACGGGGAGGCUGUGCUGCCUCAGCUUUGCUUGUGUCUCCUUCCUCUUCCUCCCAGGCAGCACCGGGCCCGUCCUCAGGUGCACCGGGAAGAGUUUGGGAUGUCUUAGACAAAUAUCCCUCAUGUCACCUUUAGCGGGAAACAAGCAGUACCAGAACUGGCUGCCGAGUGUGAUCUGAAUCCUAUAAAACACACAGAGGGACUACACAGAAAAGAGAAGAAGGACACCAAAGAUGGCCAUGGGUGCAGGAUUAUGAGUGGCGCUCGCUGUCCUCAUGUUUUCCAUAUUUCUCAGUUUUUCUACGAGGACCUUGUGUGAGUUUCGUAACUGAGGGAAUGAGAGUAUGUUUGAAAUGAGAGGUUAACUGUGAUCAGUUCCCGGGCCCCUGCCACAGACCGCACUGCUGCUGCGCCUGGGACAUUGUUGUACACAUCAAAAACUC